UUUACUCCUCCCAUAACACUUCUAUAGCAGAGGCCCUAUAAAGCAGCUUGUCCUGUCAGUAAACACUUGACUAAUGUCAGUCACUACUAGGCUCCUCCCCAGCCUCUUACAACUAUGCCCCCUCCGCUAGUCCCCCUGCUCUAGUGUGUGUGUGCUCUGGUCCCCUUGCUCAAAGUCAACUGUUACAUUCUCCUGCCCCACAGAGCUAAUGUUACAAUAAGAAUGGUAUGUCCUGCAGUCACCUUAGGGCCUGUGCCAACUGCCAACACACAACAGAGGUUAGGAAGGGAGAGGUAGUCAUACAGUUGACACUUUUAUAGUGUAGGUCUAUUCAGAAGCAUUGUCAUGAUUGGCAAAAGCCAAUUUGUGUGAGCGGGUACAGGUCAUUUAUUAGUUUGGUUAAAAACUCAGUUGCGAGGCGAAGGAGACUUCCUGUUUGGGCAGCUAACAGGAAGAGCCUUCCAUUAACAUUCCUGGUUCAUUCCUGAAGCCACAUUACGGAAUCUGUUUUAGAAGAACAAUGUCAUGGUGAAGUUGUGUAAAAUCUGCAUUGGUGUCACAAUAAUAAAAUUAUUGCCCAGGCAACGGAAGAUUUAACCAGCACAAAUCAGAGAUUUUAUUUUGCAACCCAGAGUUUAAAGGUUUGGCUGUGGAAAAUACUGUCGCAGAAUCUCUUUUUGCGUACAGAAUUCUAGCACAGCACGUGAUGUGAGGAUGUCAAUCUCCCUUCCAGAGGUACAGAGAGAUCCAGCCUUGGUGCUGUUCUUUCACACACUGGGGCUGAGCUAGGGCCCAUGUUAGCUGUGAGUAGAGGAGAAAAUAGGAAAAUAGAGGGGAAGAGUGGAACAGAGGAAAGGCAAAGGAGAGAGGAGAUGCUUGCUGCGGUAGAGAGAAUAAAGCAGGGCUUUGUUUAGCCCGGGAGAGGUCCGUUACGCUGUGCUCUGUCCUGGUCUCGUCUCUGCUCGUCUCCUGAGGAUCAGUGAUCAGUGAGAGCUACAGGAAAAAGGAACAACCGACGCCCUGCUUGGCUGCUGUUUAAUUAUUGAAGCUCCUGGCUGUAACUAGAAUGGUGUGAUUGUGGAGAGACUGUGCUGUGUGGAGGGGAAGGUGUCUGGCGUGGUGGAGGAGACCUCCCCUUCCUCCACUUCCUCCUUCGAGUUGGUUGACAUGGAGCCAGCCCCACCCCUGUACCAGCCCGUGCAACCCCAUUGGUUCUACUGUCGCCGUGCCGACUCCAAGGAUGUGUGGCUCCCUUUCAGCAGAGAGGACUCGGAGAGACUGGAACAGGCCUUGUCUACCGGAGGAGAGGAGGAGGUGGUGGUGGCAGUAGAAGGGGAGAGGUAUGACGUGCGUGUUCGGGAGCGGCAGAGGUAUGCGGUGUACUGGGAGCAGGGCCCGUCAGAGGUGCGACGCUGUACCUGGUUCUAUAAAGGAGAUAAAGAUACCAGAUACAUGCCCUAUCCUGAGGAGUUCAGCACCAACCUGGAGGAGGCCUAUAUGAUAGCAGUGACUCUAGAUGAGUGGAAGAGGAAGCUGGAUUUUCCUUCAGGAGAGACAGUCAUCCUGCACAACCCUAAACUGAUCAUGCAGUACCAGCCAAUCGCGUUGCAGGACGAGUGGGUCUCCUCUCCCUCGGAGCAGACUCGCCCACGUACUGUCAAGAGGGGUGUCGACAACAUCACAGCAGAGAUACCUGACGGUGAACCAGAGACAAUAGAUCACCUGGUAUUCAUGGUUCACGGCAUCGGCCCCGCCUGUGACAUCCGCUUCAGAUCUAUCAUACAGUGUGUGAAUGACUUCAGGAGUGCGUCCCUAUCCCUACUGGGGAGCCAUUACAGGAGAGGCCAGGAGGAGGGCAGGGUGGGCAGAGUGGAGUUCCUACCUGUCAACUGGCACAGCGCACUACACGGAGACGCCACUGGAGUAGACGAGGACAUUCAGAGGAUCACUCUCCCCAGUAUCAGUCGUCUGAGACAUUUCACCAAUGACACUCUGCUCGACCUGUUCUUCUACAACAGUCCUACCUACUGCCAGACCAUAGUGGACACUGUGGUCUCCGAGGUUAACAAGCUCCACUCACUGUUCAAACACAGACACCCAGAGUUCACUGGAGCAGUGUCUGUGGUUGGACACAGCCUGGGCUCGCUGAUCCUGUUUGAUCUGCUGACCAAUCAGAAGACAGGAUCAGGAGAGGCAGACAGAGAUGAGGGUCGUAACCGUGACCCCUGCCCUCUGACCUGUGAUGCAUUGGAGCAGGCUCUAUGCAGAAUGGGCCUCCAGGAGCACCUGGCUACACUACAGCGCGUGGACCUAGAUCUUGACUCACUGGCUAUGUGUGACGAAACUGACCUGACAGACCUUGGAAUCCCUCUGGGACCGAGGAAGAAGAUCCUCAGCUUCAUACGGAAGAGACACUUCCUACAGGAGGGUCGGCAGGGAACGGUGCUUUUGGCCCCCGGGCUGCAGGCCCCUCCAGACCCCUCCGAAGAUUCCCCCUCUCCCACGGCUAGCUUUGGCAACCAGUCUCCAGGGGCGUCAGCACGCCAACAGCAGUUUCUCAGAGCCCAGUCCAUAACCAGCGCCGUUGACUACGAAUACUUCAACGUGGGCAUUGGACAGGUGUCCAUUAACUACCCCCAGCUGGCAUUCCAUCCUCAGACCUUCUUUGCGUUCGGUUCUCCCAUUGGAAUGUUCCUAACCGUCCGUGGACUCAAACGCAUCGACCCAAACUACACCUUUCCCACCUGCAAGAACUUCUAUAACAUAUACCACCCUUUUGACCCUGUGGCCUAUCGGAUUGAGCCCAUGAUUGUGUCUGAGUCAGACCUAGAGCCCAUGCUGAUCCCACAUCACAAGGGCCGCAAGAGGAUGCACCUGGAGUUGAAAGAGAGUCUGACGCGGAUGAGUACUGAUCUGAAGAAUAACGUUCUCGGCUCGUUUCGUACUGCCUGGCAGUCUCUGGUCCGAAUGCCUGUCGCUGCACUGCCCCCUGUGGAGGAUGGAGAAACUACAGCAGAGAGAUCCCUGCAGGAGACAGAGACCCCUGCGGCAGCCUGCGCUGCUGUGAGGGAAAAGAGUAAGGCUGAUUUGUGGACUAAAAUUCUGGAGUGGCCCAAAGCCCUUCACUUACAUUACUUCCAAGGUGUGCAUGAAGAGGCGGAGUCUCCAGGGUCGGGGGAGGACAGGGGGCGUCAGGUGAAGGUGGGGAUGCUGAAUGGAGGGCGGAGGAUAGACUAUGUACUGCAGGAGGCACCCAUUGAGAGUUUCAACGAAUAUCUGUUUGCCAUCCAGUCCCACCUCUGCUACUGGGAGUCUGAGGACACUGCUCUGCUGCUGCUAAAGGAGAUCUACGACAAACUGGGUGUGGCCUUUGAGCAGCCACAGCAAUAACAAAGGCUUUAUAAACACAGAGACCGGUAUAAAGGCUUAAUAACAACACAUGAAUUCCAUGGAGAUGCACCGAUGAGGCCCUUUGCUUUAUUAGGAGCUGAAAGGAGUAAGGCAAGUAAGUCAGUAAAAACAGAGAUAUAAAUAUUGAAUAACCACAGAGUUUUAAAGGCUUUAUAAACACACAGAGGGCUAUAAAGUCUUUAUACAUACACAGAGCGUUAUUUAUAAGUUACUAAAAUGUAAUGAAAGCAACAUGAAAAGGGACAUGCAGCCACUGCUCUCUCCCAGAAUGCCUUGUGUCUGAGCCUCAAAAAAACGUUGAGUCACCUCCUCGGACAGAUGGCGUCUGCCUCUGGGUGUGUGUGGCAGAGAAGUGUUCCUUGAAGAACCAAACCUGUCCCAGCUGACAUGAAGAGGACUGGAGAACCCAUUGGAGAUGAGCUCUCAAGUACAUUUCUAUCUCUGAAAUUUCUCGUCCUGUGACCACAUGGGCAGCAACAUUGAAGACUAUCCAAGUGAUCCCUCUACCCAACUCUAUGGGAGAACCAUAGUGAAGACUGGUUUUCCAUUUUCCUAAAACCACACUGAAGGAUCUGGGUUUGAGCCGCUGGAUCCUCCUGUUGCAGGGGCAGACUGCAUUUAACAUGUGUGUUUCUAAAGAAUCAGAUCCUGUUUGAUCAUGUCUGGAUCAUAACUUUUAUAUAUGUUAUUUUCAGGUCAUUUCUUUUUACUUUGCCUUAGACUUGACAUGUCCUAUAAUACAUUUACAACGACAGAUCAUGCAGGAUGAUAAUUCCUCUCCUGUGUGUUUAGUGCAUGUCUCCAGAAGGUUGUAUACCAGUACGUACUUGACUACCAAAAAGGUAACACUUUACUUAGAUGCUGCUUAAGGCUUAGAAAAUCAUGUUAUAAAGGGCAUUACAACUCUUUACGUCAUGCAUAUGAAGGCUGCAUGUCACUCUUAAGUAAAGUGUUACCAUAAAAAGUACUCCACCCAUAAUUCCAGUGCAAUGUGAUGUUCUGAUAAUCUCACUCCUCUAGAUUAACUGACUGACUAUAGAUAAUUACGUUUUUGGACUUAUUUGUAUCAUGUAAAAGCUAAGUAUUAAAAUUAGUGUAAAAAAUAGCAUGAUAUAUCUUUAAUGGAACUGACAAGACAUUUUUCCUCCAAGUACUUAUCUUAGAGGAAGGUAUGUAUGAGGGGAGAAAAGGGACAGGGUUGUUUUCUUUCUAUGAGUGUGUAUAAAUCACCCCCCCCCCCCCCCCCUUGGUGUGUGCCAACCAACCUCUUUAAACUGGUUAGGGCCAAUUUUGCUCGUCGAACAUCUCAUUCCAAAAUCAUGUGCGUUAAUAUGGAGUUGAGUUGGUUCCCCCCUUUGCUGCUAUAACAGCCUCCACUCUUCUGGGAC